GAGGACUUUGCGCAGGACGGGCCAGCCAUCUGGUUCGAGCCGCUGCCCCCGAUGUUGCCGAACCUGGAGCUGGUGCCGAAGUUGCCCGCUCAGAGAGUGCCCGGGCAGUACACCCUGGUGCUCGAUCUGGACGAGACGCUCCUGCAUUACUCCGAGCAGGACGGCAUGGGCAGCUACAACACCAGGCCUGGCAUGCACGACUUUCUCGAUAGGAUGAACCAGCUCGGCUUUGAGCUCGUGAUCUUCACUGCCGCCACGCAGGACUACGCUGACUGGGUGAUUGAUCAGGUAGAUCCGACGGGUCUGGUGCACCACAGGCUCUACCGGCAGCACGCCCUCCCCUGGGGGCCUGUCUUCGUGAAGGACCUGGCUUGUCUUGGCCGGGACCUCGACCGCACCCUGAUAAUCGACAACGUCCAGGAGAACUUUAUGCUCCAGCCGGGCAACGGCAUCUUCAUCCUGACCUGGUACGAGGACCCCCACGACACGGCGCUGUCGGCGCUGUCGCCCCUCCUGGAGGAGCUCCUCGCCACCGGCGUGCGGGUGCCCGACCUGCUCGAGAAGUACCGGGACCAGAUCCCCGUCUGGGCCGGCUUCGACCAGGGCUCCCACCUGGGCACCGAUUACACGGAGCUGGAGGCCGCCGACGGGUACAUGGACGGCGGCUAUGCCGACGGCUGCCCGGAGGACGAGCUUCUCGACGAGCGCGACCUCGUCGACGACGGGGGCCGUCGCGCCCUCGAGCAGCCGGGGAGGGCCCCGCGGGAGGUGCACCAGCCGGCCGCGCCGACGCCGCCGGGGGGCGGUGGCGGAGGCCCCUGCCAGAGCAGGCAGGCCCACCCCGCGCCUUCCUUCAUGGGCGGCUGCGGCGGGCCCCUGCAGGCGCCGCCUCCGGCGCGCCAGGGCCAGCCCCAGCAGCGGGUGCAACCCAGGGAGGCGGCGCAGCGGCAGCAGCAGCGGGCACACGGCGCUGGGGACGGCCGCCAGGUGGCCGAUUUCGCCACCGCGGAGGCGGCGGCGGCGGGCCCCGGAGUGGCCGCUGGCCACUCUGCGCCGCCGGCGUACGCCAGCAGGUACCAGCCGCACACCGCGCCGGGGUCCGCUGGCGCGCGCACGCCGCAGGCCCCCCAGCAGGCGCAGCCCCAGCCGCAGCAGCCGCCGCCGCAGCAGCAGCCCCAGCCCGCCCACCAGCAGGCGCAGCACCGGCGCACGGCUGCCGCGCCGGCGCCGCAGGCGUACGCGCCGCCGCCGAGGACGGCGGGGGCGGGGUAUCCCCAGGUGCACGCGCACCAGGCGCCGAAGGCCCCGCCGCAGGCCCGCCAGACGCUGCCGGGGCAGCUGCAGCACCAGCACCAGCCGGGCGCGCCGCAGAGAGCGCAGCCUGCGCCGUUCAUGGGCGUGGCGGGGCCGUACCAGCACGCGCCCCCGCCCCAGGC